AUGAGUUGGCGAUCAGAACGUAUAUGGAUAGAACUUAUAGCGGGGUCUCGAAAAACAAGUAAUUUCUGCUGGGCCUUUAUACUUUUUUUAGGUUCAUUGGGAUUUUUAUUGGUUGGAAUUUCCAGCUAUCUUGGCAGAAAUUUGAUAUCUUUAUUUCCGUCUCAGCAAAUAAUUUUUUUCCCACAAGGGAUCGUGAUGUCUUUCUAUGGGAUCGCCGGUCUAUUUAUUAGUUCUUAUUUGUGGUGCACAAUUUUGUGGAAUGUAGGUAGUGGUUAUGAUCGAUUCGAUAGAAAAGAAGGAAUAGUGUGUAUUUUUCGCUGGGGAUUUCCGGGAAAAAAUCGUCGCAUCUUACUACGAUUCCUUAUGAAAGAUAUUCAGUCUAUUAGAAUAGAAGUUAAAGAGGGUAUUUAUGCUCGGCGUGUCCUUUAUAUGGAAAUCAGAGGCCGGGGGGCUAUUCCUUUGACUCGUACUGAUGAGAAUUUGACUCCACGAGAAAUUGAGCAAAAAGUAGCGGAAUUGGCCUAUUUUUUGCGUGUACCAAUUGAAGUCAUGCAAACCAGAAAGACCUUUUCUUGGAUAAAGGAAGAGAUUACUCGUUCCAUUUCCGUAUCGCUCAUGAUAUAUAUAAUAACUUGGGCAUCCAUUUCAAAUGCAUAUCCCAUUUUUGCACAGCAGGGUUAUGAAAAUCCACGGGAAGCAACUGGUCGUAUUGUAUGUGCCAAUUGUCAUUUAGCUAAUAAACCCGUGGAUAUUGAGGUUCCACAAGCGGUACUUCCAGAUACUGUAUUUGAAGCAGUUGUUCGAAUUCCUUAUAAUAUGCAACUGAAACAAGUUCUUGCUAAUGGUAAAAAGGGGGCUUUGAAUGUGGGGGCUGUUCUUAUUUUACCUGAGGGGUUUGAAUUAGCCCCUCCCGAUCGUAUUUCGCCAGAGAUGAAAGAAAAGAUGGGAAAUCUGUCUUUUCAGAGUUAUCGCCCCACUAAAAAAAAUAUUCUUGUGAUAGGUCCUGUUCCUGGUCAGAAAUAUAGUGAAAUUACCUUUCCUAUUCUUUCUCCGGACCCCGCCGCUAAGAAAGAUGUUCACUUUUUAAAAUAUCCCAUAUAUGUAGGCGGAAACAGGGGAAGGGGUCAGAUUUAUCCCGACGGGAGCAAGAGCAACAAUACGGUUUAUAAUGCUAUAGCAGCAGGUAUAGUAAGCAAAAUCAUACGAAAAGAAAAAGGGGGGUACGAAAUAACCAUAACGAAUGCGUCAGAGGGACGUCAAGUGAUUGAUAUUAUACCUCCAGGACCAGAACUUCUUGUUUCAGAAGGCGAAUCCAUCAAACUUGAUCAACCAUUAACGAGUAAUCCUAAUGUGGGUGGAUUUGGUCAGGGGGAUGCAGAAAUAGUACUUCAAGACCCAUUACGUGUCCAAGGCCUUUUGUUCUUCUUGGCAUCCGUUAUUUUGGCACAAAUCUUUUUGGUUCUUAAAAAGAAACAGUUUGAGAAGGUUCAAUUGUCCGAAAUGAAUUUCUAGAUCUGUAAAUUCAUCAACAUGAAGUUCUUAAAAAGAACAAAAAUUUUGUUGGUAAUUAUGUAUGAUCAAAAAAAAUUGUGAAAAGCUCUUUGCUUUUUUUUAUAUUUUUUUUAUACCAGAUUUUGAGAAUUACUUGUACCGCAUUUCUAGUUAUAAUCUGUAUAUUGGUAAGAAGACUAUUUGAUUUUAUCCUCUCUUUUCUUUUGUGUUUUUUUUUAAUCUAAAAAAAUGGGAGCGGUGUGAUUUUUUUACUAUUGUCAGAUUUAACUGUCAUAGAGUGGAUCAAUAGCUUUUCUAUUCUAAUAGAAUCCAAUUUGACUAGAUACUAAGCAUAAAAUAAGUAAGCGGAAAAGCAAAGGCUAAAUUAAAGGGGAACAAAGGAUUCUAGGAGGUAUUAUUUUAUUCGUCUUCCUAGUCUUCGACACAAGAAAAGGAAUUUUCCACAUCCCUUUCUUGUGUCAAAAUAAAAAUAAAAUAAUAAUGAUUCUUGAUCCCAUUCCUCAAUACUAUUCUUAGUUUAUAUUUUUUUUUUCUAGGUUUAUCAUAACUUCCUUUUCAAUUUUAUACGUAUAAAUUCGAUUUAUUACGUAUAAAAAAAAUUUUAAGUAGUGGACAAACAAAAAAAAAAAGAAAAGGAAAUUUUUUGAGCAAAUAGAACUUCUUCGAUGAACUUCUAAAAAAAUUUCAACUUUGAUGAGAUACUAAAAUAAAUAGAGUAAGGUUCUAUUAGUAUAGAAAAAUGGAUAUGAUAUGGGAUCGACAGAAAUAUAUAUAAUAUAUAUUAUGCCAUCUAGGAAAAAGAAAUCGAGUAAUUCCUCUUAUAACUUUGAUUUGAAAGUAUCGAUAGAUACUGUCGAGGAACAAAUGUUCUAAAUCAAUUAAUGGAGUUACUUUUUCAAAAAUACCAUCCGAAAAAAGUGUAAUAGAAUUUUUUGAAAUAUUUGAAAUAUCAAAAAAAAAAAGGCAAUCUAUUUUGUCACUUAAUCUAUUUUGUCACUUAUACGAAUAAAGUAUUAUGAUUAUUAAAAACUCAACGGGACCCCCUCGAAUCAGACAGAGAAAAGAGGGGGUCCAUUGAGUUCUUACGUUUUUAUGUCUACAACUCAGUUCACCCGAUUACUUACAGGGAUGAACCCAAUCCGGAAUAUGAACCAUAAAAGAAAAUGCCUAUUAAACCGAUCACAAGAAUACCAGUUACAGUACCUACUAUCCAAAGAGGAAUUCUUCCAGUAGUAUCGGCCAUUUAUCCCACUUCCCUCCACAUUUAAUCAAGUGGUCAUGCUAGAGACAUAAACAGUCAUAGAUAAUUAUGAGAUGAUAUCCUUCCGAUGGGAUAAGAGAAUUCCUAUUCUUAUUUAUUUUAUUAUUCUACUAUUUUCUUUUCUUCUAUUAAUUGAAGAAA